GACUCGGCACUGACUUGAUGAUUUAAGAGUCGUGGCAGACAAUUCCGUCGAUGUAUGCGCAGCUAAUGUUGCAGUUACAGCCACUUAUUGGAUGAAAUAUGAGGGACGACGGCUUUUGGAGACGGUUUGCAAUCAACAGUUUUCCCCAGUAGUCUACGGUUCGGGCGGUGUUGUCCAUACCGCAGGUUGCUCUACCCCGGAAGGGCUAGGGGCAGCGUUGCUAGGGAGACGAGGAUUUGUUUGGCGAUGGUUUCCCCGGUCCGCUAGCUGUGAGGAGGAUAACAAGCCAUUAUAAGAUACUUCCCCUCGUCAAGCAAAAGUGGCCUGUUGGCUUAGAUUAUGAGCGGCCUUUCAGAGACCCGCUGGAGUCGCGCGCGGGAGACGAGCGAACGCAGUUAUCGCCGCAUGGGGUUGACACUAGAGUGGACGCUGUAAUGGGAAUGCAGGGCUGGAGAACCGGUGUGUCUGCCAGGAGGAGAAGCUCUCCAUCAUGACCCUCUCAUCCCAUCCCCUCCAUCCCCUCCACACUCAGAGGGGACAGACAAGCGGCGUUCAGCUCCCCCUUCACCCCUCCCCCGACCUGAGCCCCACAGCAAGGAAGAGGGACAGUUAGAGGCUAAGACGGACAACAAGGAGGAAGAGGAGGAGGAGGAAGGAGCUCCACUGGAACUCAUGGCCGAGUUCCUGUCGUCGGUGAUGAGGCGAGACCUGGGGCUAGCCAGCCGGCUGUGUCACAUGAUUCUGGUCCACGAGCCGGAGAACCCAGAGGCCGUCCAGUUCCUGCCCCUGAUCCAGCAGAAGCUCUUGGAAGACCAAGAAAAGGAGCUCGGUACCGAUGAUGAGGAGGACGACGAUGAGGAGGAAGGAGAUGAUAGUGAUGAAGACACAGACGACUCUGAGUCGUGCGAUGAAGACGAUCACUCUGGAGGCAGUGAAGGCUCGACCCAUGAUUGAAGCUAAUCCUGCCUCAUCCUCAUGAGAUAUUUACCACAUUACAGUUUUAGACAAGCUUGUAUGUAGUGUAAAACUUUCAACAUCUCGCGUCACUUUAUCUUUGCUAAGGGAAUAAAGAAUCAGUCGAUGACA